CCGUUCGGGAGCCGUCCGUCGUCCGGCGUCCGCGCGUUUGCCUCUCGUCCGCGUUCGUAUCUCUCUGUGUGUGCGUUUACUCGAUAAUAAUAAUAAUAAUAAUAACAUUUUGUUCGGGUUUUCGUAGAUAUAAUACAAUAAAUAUAAAAUACCCAUUACCUACGCGAAAUUUACCAAUCGACUGUACAUAUUUUUUUUGAAUACUGAAUAGUUUUGUUUGUUUGUUUGUUGCCCGCCGGCGAUGCGCCGCGUGACAUGUUGACGGUACGGCCGCCGUCGCACUCCUCAUGUUGCUGCAGCAGGGACAAAGCACCACCACCGGCCAAACGCACGGUGCCGGCAGCGGCGCCGGCCAACACAAGAACCCGUCGCAUCUCCUGCAGUCCAUACAGAACAGGCUGAUCCCGGGAUGGAGCGUACACCUGGCCAACGACAAUAGGCUGUACUAUUGCAAUCACGUCACUCAAACGGCGUCUUGGCUUCCGCCCGUAGAGGCGUGGCCCAAGGACCCGGCUGCCAAAUCUUUACCGUACGGCUGGGAACAAGCUCAAGACGGUGAUGGAAGACCUUAUUUUAUCAACCAUGUCACGAAAACUACCAGCUACGACGACCCCAGAUCCGAUUUGGUGGAGGAGAGCCCGAAACCGAGGUUGGUGACACUGAAGAGACACCCUGAACUUGGAUUCGGAUUUGUGGCGGGCAGCGAGAAACCGGUUAUCGUCAGGUUUGUCACCGAAGGCGGACCCAGCGACUCAAAACUGCUUCCGGGCGACCAGAUCCUUCGGAUAAACGACGAAGACGUCCAAAACGGUCUUAGGGACUAUGUCAUCCAGCUGGUCAGGUCUUGCACGGAUACCAUCACUUUGCUCGUUUGCCAACCACCGUUGGACAACUCGGCCAGAAAAUCUGCUUUGCUCAGCUCGGCCAAGAAAGCCAAACUCAAGUCGAACCCGUCUCGAGUGCGGUUCGCCGAAGGUGUUCUCGUCAACGGCUCACCGCUGUGCCCUGUGUCUGCGUUUAGCGGUGGUGACCCGAACAUAGCGUUGUUACCAAAUGUCCUCAAAGUGUUUCUGGAAAACGGACAGACCAAGUCGUUCAAGUACGACUCCACUACCAAAGUCAAGGACGUGGUGGCUUCGCUGCAGAACAAACUGUGCAUUAAGGCCGGCGAGCACUUUGCUCUUGUGCUCGAGCAAGUCAAAAGUCUUCGGAGACAUAAGCUUACCCUGCUGGACCCCGAACACACUUUGGCCAGGGUGGCCUCCAGGCCGGGAUCUCAUAACCUGAGAUGUCUGUUCCGCGUGGCGUUCGUGCCCAGAGACGCCUGCGAUUUAGCUCAAAAAGACUUGAACGCCUUCGAAUACCUGUACUUACAAUGCUGCAACGACGUGGUCCAAGAAAGGUACGCGCCGGAACUCAAGUACGACAUCGCGCUCAGGUUGGCAGCACUGCACAUACACCAACACGCCAUGGCCAACAACAUACCUUACUGCAAGGUGACGGUCAAAGCAAUCGAGCGAGAGUUUGGUUUGGAAAAGUUUGUGCCGAUUUCGCUGAUGGAGUCGAUGAAACGGAAGGAAUUGCGAAAGUUGUUGACACAUCUGUUGAAGCUCAACCAGACGAUGACGGGCACCAAUUACAAGACGCUUACGGCCCUCCAAGCCAAACUCUACUACUUGACUAUCAUUUCCGAACUGCCCAGCUACGGGGCCAAAUGUUUCUCCACCAACGUCCGGGAUUGCAACUUGGAAACCGUCAUACUAGUCAGCCCCAAAAUGGGAAUUAGCCAAAUCGUGGGACUGCGCAACAGCAUGCCUGUUCCUUUGGCAGACAUCGAACAAGUCACGUUGGUGAAAAUGCAAAAAGAAGAUCAAAUUUCCAGCACGGUCACUUUGUAUUUACAAAACACGGUACAGAAGGAGGUGAGCUUUUGCAUGGAAGACCGUGACGCAGACGAGUUCAUAUUGGUCAUCAAAGGUUACUUUAAGCUUUUGAUGGCCAGCUGUUUGCCAAUCGACCGGGAAGGUGAAUCCGUGCACAUAGACAGCGCUCCUCAAUACUACUCUCAUCACAUCGUCAAACCGACCACUUGGAGUUACGGGCCGUCGACCAUCUACGCAAAAGAAGAAGAAAAAUUAACCAACUUUGCGUUCUGCCCCAUGUACACGCCGUUCAGUCACGAAAUGUUGAAACCCAACGAUUACGGGUCUCUCAACAGAACCAUUUGGACGGGCAUGCAAAACGGAAACGUGGACAAAAACAUGAAUACCAUGUCUUUGAAGAGGCAUCCGAACGGCCAUUUGGGCUACAAAGUCAACGGGGAACCCAAAGACAAAAGCUGCAUCGACGUGCAGAGCGUGGUGUCCAUGGAAAUACUGGAGAACGACGAUAGCCAUGCCGUGGAAACGCACAACGAGGAGGUGCUGAAAAGAGUGGCCGAGAUGCAACAGCUGGUAGAGAACUCUGAACAGUAUCUGAACCGGCACCAGCGCGAGUCCAGCGACUCGGACGGGUCUCACAUAUCAUCCGACGGGUCGGUUUCGUUGCCACCGCCGCCGGCCAAUUUGGGUCAGCUCAAACACAGCGAUUCCCUGUUGCUGUUGGCUCAAAAAGGUUCGGAGGACAGUAUAACCGCGGCCGUCCAAGCGCUCAAUCUGGGCGACAUGGAAAGCGACACGGAAUCCAUAAACACCCCGUCGACCAGUCCUUCGCACCGGACGACCAACAGGGAUUCGGACAUCAGCUUCGGGCUGCACAGUCCCGAGGGACUAGUCGGGACGUCGUCUUCGGGCCACGAAGCACUCCAGGAACUGUGGAAAAACCUACAGGAGGACAACAGGUCUUUGCCGCGCAACAGUUUGUACUUGGAACCGGACCUGAUCGACCUGACCCUCAUACCGCCUCCCGCGGACCAGAACAAAGUCAACAGCGCCCAAACGGUAAACGGUGGUUCGACCGCGGCCAGCGGCAAUCAGUGUAGCCUUCCGCCCACCCUGUUCGCCGACUACGAUCACCACCACCACCAACAGCAUCAGCAAAACGCCUCGGACAGGUUUUUGGACUCCGUACUGGAUCAAGGGUUCAAAAACAACCCGGGCUUGAUGAACCUCGACCUGGAGUCGUUCUUGGCCACGAUGACGAUCCCGCCGCCGCCGCAGGCCAACGGCAAGGCCGCAGAGAAGCAGGCCAACGUGUUGACUUCCGAACAAAUAUCGUCGUUCAUCAUACCUCCGCCUCCGAAACCGGUUGUCGCUGCUCAACCGCCGCCAUCUGAGCCGGCCAAACCGCCGCCGGAUCCCGUUUCCGGCGUUCAACCCCCCCGACCACCGCCACUACCGGCUGCGGUCACAACCCCCGACGGACCCAGUGCUACCAACGAAAAGACGUUGCCCGGUUUCUCGUGUUGCUCCAGGCCCAGGCAACGGAGUCCGGACGCCCAGCAGCAACCGUUCUUGCCCACCAGAGCCCAGAACAUGACACUGCCCCGGGUCAAACCCAAAGUUCCUCCCAGGAUAGACUCCACGCUGUCUACCAAACCACCUCUGCCACCCGCGCCUUCGCAAGAAACCCUAUUGCGUAACGGUAGCUAUACGAACCCCAGGGACGCAGUGUCGGUCAUCAACGAACUGAUCGAACGGCUGAACGAGUUCAGCGAACAGUGUAACGUCGCCCAAGCCCAGGGAGGCGGCAUGCAGCUAGACGAGAGCAAGUUUCAGGAAGCCAAAGACAUACUGUGCCAAGAGGCCCGGCAGCUGGUGACCUCGUCGAAAAUACUGAUCCGGUGCUACAUGAACCCGAAGAGCCCGGAGUUCCAGUCGAACCUGUCGCAGUGCGUGACCCAACUGCGCCGGAUGACCGUGCUCAGCGGCAACAUGACCAGGCACACGUCUUCGCCGCUCCAGACCAGGAAUCUCAUCGUCAAAGUCACCGACGUGCUGCACACGUUCCACGGGCUGCUCAUAGACACGGACGUCAGCACGGAGACGCUCACCAGGCACGCCGAAGGACUGGCAAACGUGCUGGCCAAGUUGCUGCGAAGUCUCAGGGUGUUCUCGCCGUGACGUUAAGACCGGUGGUCGGUGCCCCGCGACCCGACCACCGUUUUCUGUUGUUGAAUACCAUAUAAUAUAUAUAUAUAUAUUUUUUUUUUUUGGCCAAAUCAAGUUGGCCACACUGUUUGGCGGGCUCAGACCGAUGAUAAAGUCAAAUAGAUAACGCGAUAACCGAAUGAUUGAUAACGUAUCACGCUAUCAGUUAUGAUGAUUAUUAUGUUAUUGAAACUGAAUUUUUUGCUCUCCCCUAAAGUGAAAAAAAAUGAUAUACAAGGUUUUGCGUCUUAAGCGACGGUAUUGUGUGCGUGUAUAUUAUUAAAAUACAUAUUAUUAUAUUUUUAGUAAUAGACGUCGAACCUCUAUAAUAUAUUGUGUGCCCCAUGUUAACACAGGUAGUUGGCACGAUUCGUAGGUAUAUAUUGAUUAGAUACCAUGAGAAUUAUUUCUAGUUAAGCCCCCAACCGAGGAUGAAUUAUUGUUAAUAUGUAUUUUUUUUUCUACUUUACAAUUUUUUGUAUUAUUAGUUUUUUGUAUACGUGUAAAAAGAAUCUAGUCAAUUUUUCUUUUCUUUUUUUAUAGUAAAUAACCGAUACAAUUUGUUAUUGUUAUUAAUUUAGGUAUUGUUUAUGCGCAUAUUUAUGUCAUAUUCUUUUGACACUAUCCGUAAUAGUCAGUUUUCGAUAUUAUUUUAUUUAGUAAUCUUUUUUUGUUUUUUAUUUUUUUAACAAUAACGGUGUAUGUCAAUUAACCGGAAUAAUCUAUUUAUAUAUAUAUAUCUUUAUCACAGUGCACUCGAAAUAUAAUAUAUUAUAUUAUAAGUCUCACGAAUAAUACAAAAUAAUAUGUGUAAUAGAAUCGUAGAAAAAAAAAAUGUAUUACAAUUAUAUAAAAACAGAAAUUAAUAAGUUAUCGUUUUUUUUUAAAUUCUUAAUAAAUAUUAUUAAACUAUUAAUAAUAUAAUACAUAUACGUAUGUACUCUAUAUGUUAUAGUGCUCUCCGCCAAGUGGACAAAUAGUGUAUUAAUUGUAAAUUUUCGAGAAGAAAAAAAAGGAUGAUACCAAUGUUAAUAUAUUUUAUAUUAACCACUCCUUAACUGGGGAAAUGUGUGAAUCUUGUAUAAUUUUUUGUAUGGAAUUUCUUAUAAAGAACAGAACUGUGUUGUGAGAAGAACGUAGAAAUAAAAUGUUAAUUAUUUGUACACAAUAUCUGUAUUGCAUUUUUUUUUAUUUAUUAAGACACGACACAACGAUUUUGUUGUCAAAUAUAAUGACAAGUUUGACACUGGAUUCCUCCUAAGACGGGGUAAGGACACUUUAGUUGUUGUUAUUUUACAAUAUUAGAUAAUAUUCAAAUUAAAAAUAAUUUGCUGACAAUGUUGACUUGUCUACAAAUUAGUUUUGGAUAAUUAUUACUU